CCUCUUUUUUCAGAAUUUCCCAUCCCCUUCACUGUUGCUUCGAAAAUAGCUGAAGAAUUCAAAAAAAAAUUAACAAACGGAUUUUUUUUUCCCCCCCAAAUCGCCCAAGCUUCCCCUAUAAAUGGCCUCAUCUCUUCCCUAUUAAGGACAAAUUUUUGAGUAGUAGAGAGGUUGGAGACAAUAGAUUUUUACGAAAAAUCAAGAACUAGUUUUUCUUUGGUAUCGAUUCUUUGCUUGCUCGAGUUAAGCUCACUUGUGGUCGUGGAAAGUUGCUCCCCUGCUCAUCAUCCUCUCAGUCUCGCUGCUCUGAAAGAGGGGAAAGAUUAAAUUGAGUGAAGAAUUUUUGGGGAAAAUGGAUAAGGUGAAAGUGGGGCAAUUGAAGAUUCAAAUGCAGCAAUGGUUAAAUGAAGCUGAAGAAUUCAUCAAUGAUAUACCUCCCGUUCAACUGUAUACUGCUGUUGGAGUUGUAUUAUCCACUCUCAUUUUGUUGUUAAUCAUUCGCUUGUUCAAGCGUACAACAUCUAACACCAUUGUACUCACUGGGCUAAGUGGAGGCGGCAAAACAUUUCUUUUUUACCAGCUUAGAGAUGGUUCAGCCCAUCAGGGUACCAUGACGUCAAUGGAACCAAAUGAAGGCAGUUUUAUACUACACUCUGAGGAAGACAAGAAAGGGAAAUUGAAGCCUGUUCACGUUGUUGAUGUCCCUGGGCACUCUCGUCUUAGGCCGAAACUAGAUGAGUUCCUGCCUCAAGCAGCUGGCGUUGUGUUUGUGGUGGAUUCAGUGGAAUUUUUACCAAACUGCCGUCCUGCUUCAGAGUACUUAUAUGAGAUCUUGACAAAGGCAAGUGUGGUGAAGAAAAAAGUUCCAGUACUCCUCCUUUGCAACAAGGUUGACAAAGUAACUGCACAUACAGCAGAAUUCAUCAGAAAACAGCUGGAGAAAGAAAUCGACAAGCUUCGUACAUCAAGAACUGUUGUAUCUGAUGCAGAUAUCUCUAAUGAAUAUACGCUUGGUGUACCUGGAGAACCAUUUGCUUUUUCUCAAUGCCAUAACAGAGUAAUUGUUGCUGAAGCUUCUGGUCUGACGGGUGAAAUUUCUCAGCUGGAGAAGUUCAUUAGGGAGAAUGUGAAACCUUGACUAUGGUAUUUCAAGCAAAUGGGGGAUCCUUUUUAUUUCUUUUCUUCUCUUUUAUUAUUGGUCCGGGAAGAGGAAAAUACUAUCAGAAAGACAGAAAAAACAUCAACUUGGAAAACAUAUUCAAAGUAGGGAUAGGAAUUUGAAGGGUUUUCCUUAUGUUCUAUUGGAAAUCCCCACCUAAACAUUAUGUUUGUUGUGCCUAGAAUAUCUUGUCAUUGGAUUUGAUUACUUCCCUUUAUUUUUGUGCUGGCUGCUUUUCAUGGCAAAGGA